UUUAUAUCAACAAAAACGUCGUCGUUCUAAACUUCAAAAUCUACCCAUUUAAUUCCUCAAAUAGUAAAUUCAUCAAAAAAGAUUGUCAGUUACAACUCACACAAACCUUCUUCAUCCUUUCUCUCUCCUCUGCAAAUUCCAUUGAAGAAACCCCAACUUCUAGGGUUUAUCCGACACCUUCACUCAAAUUCAUUCUACCAAAAUUAUUCAUAUUAGGUCAAAAUUCAACUAAAGAAAACUCAUAAACGUCGCUAUAAUUCGACGAAUUUCCCCCAAUUUGAUAAAAUUCCAUAAUUUUCUAGGGUUUUUCAUGUACAUUGGAGCUUUAAUGUCGUAUGAAUGGAGAUUAUUCUAUCAUCCUUCUUUUCAUCGUACUCCUUCAUUGUAGCCUUCGCCGCAACCGUACUUUGCUUUAUCUUCGCCGGUCGAUUUCCUUCCGCCGCCGUGUUUUCGUCUUUGAAAGGUGGUCGGAGAUCGAAGUUUACGACGGAGAGAGAUUUGAAGGAUAGUGAUAGUAGUAGUAUUAGAAAUAGUAAUAGUAGUAGGCGUGAUUUUGAUUGUAAGUGUUCCUGUAACGGCGCCGUUUUGAGCGCAGAUUGUGCGCCGGUGACGGAGAACGGAGGUGAAAUGCCGGCGUUGGUGUCGGCGGCGGAGAAGCAGACUGGUGCUUCGAUGAUGGAGCAAUUGGUGCCGGAGAUUACGACUCAUGCGCUCAGUUACUUGGAUUAUCCUAGUCUUUGCCGUCUUUCUAUGACCAAUUCACUGAUGCGUAAGGCUGCUAAUGAUGAUAAUGCUUGGAAAGCUCUUUACCAUAAGGAUUUUACUCUGGAACAAGAUAGUGUCAGACCAGCUAAUGGUUGGAAGGCUUACUAUGCAGCUACAAGAGCGAUUGUGAAUAUUAAUGCAGAAUUUUUCAGCAUCUUGAGGGACAGAUCACUUCCAGCAAUGAGUCGUUUCUGGCUUAAUGCAGACUAUGUGAAGUGUAUCCAUGCUUCAGGGGAGCUUUUUACUGGAUAUAAUGCAGUAAUGGGGAGUUGGCAGAUUGCAUUCAACUGGGAGCAACUAGCAGAAGGCUUCCAAGUACGUGAUGUGCGGGCUAGGGUCCUGAGUGAAAUGGCUUGGGUUACUAUGAAAACCUACGUUGACAUGAAUGCAGGGCCAUUCAAUGUGACCAAUGUGUUCGAGCAUCACGAUGGGAGGUGGUACAUGGUCCAUCACCAUCGCUCAGUGAUGCUGGUUGAUGAAGAUGUUGAUCAACAGAUUGGGCAUGCUUAAGCCAAGUUUAAAAGGAGCUAAUAAUCAUGAACAUAGUAGUCACUGAGAAAAAAAAAAAAAAUUAGUACAGCAUUAUUUGUCUUCAGUGAGAAAUUAGUUGAAACAGAAAUUGUAGUUCUAUUAUAAUUUGAUCCAAUGCAUUUAUUAUUUACCCUCAGUUUUGGCUGCUGUUUCACGGGAAGAGGCAUUCUAUGAUAAUGUCAAUUUUCCUUGUCACAAUUCUUUUCAUUUACUUUCUCCAAAUUCUUUGAUUCUCUGUUGACAUGUCAGAGAAGUUAGAUCACAGGUUCCCGUUUAGAUUCUGAAGAGUGAGUGUCUGGAAGAUGUAAAUGAAUUGCACGCACUUCUACUA